AUGAGUCCAGAAUCAACCGUCCAAUUCCAAAACUCCCAAUAUGGACAAGUUUGGGUUCACCAUGGUCGCACUGUGGAAUGGAGAUGGGAUCAGAAAAGCUUAAGAAGUUUUGAAUUUGGCAAUGAAAUUGUACUCAGAGCCGGAUUUGUGGAUUUUGAAACCGCUCAACAGUGCUUGGUGAUUGUCCUUGAAGAUCGCGCUCAAGUUCAUUAUGUUUCAAAAGGCGAUUCAAGUACGGUGAGUUUUCCCUUUACUGUUUCUAAAGCAUUUUUUUAUCCAACUGGCGUGGUGCUAGAGCGUCAAGUAAACGAAGAUUUGCUCAGACGUGGUUCUUCUGUCAAAAACCGUUUUAUAACACUUUCAAACCCUUUGAAUACUUUGGGUUCUGUGUUGCUCUCAUCUUACUCGCCCGAUGUACAAAUCGGUCAAACUAUUUUGCAUUUUCCGUCAGAGUGGGACCAUCACAUUGCUGUUUUGUACGAUGCAAACUCUCAGGUGCUAUCUUUCCAUAACGUAAAGAUGCUGUCUCAACAGAACCGCACAUCUACAAAAAAUCGGGACGACAACGAUUCUAAUGUAUCUUGCAAUAAGUCGUAUGCGUCUCUCAUCAACGAUUUGAACCCUGCAGGCGGGAAAAGGGCAUUUUCUGGAGAACGAUUAGAUGCCCCAAUCUCAUCUUCAUCGUCUUCGGGACCCUUCAAUAACAUUUUGCAUUCAGCCAAUUCUUUGUCCACCGAACUGACGAAUAAUCUUCGCAAAAUCUCUAUUAUAAACAGAAGAUCGGUCUCCGCAACGUUGGGAGCUGACCAGGAACAGCCGCAACAAAUACAGCCGCAGCAAAUACAGCCGCAACAACAACAACCACAGCAACAACAGCAAGGUUCCGCGAUCUCUAACCAUUUGAGCGUUGAAUCAAGCAAAAGGAGCACAUCUGCAACUCUGGACCGAAUGGGUUCAGGGACUGUACUUGACAUAACACCCUCUCACGCCUCGCAAAUUUCUCAAGAACUCUUCGAUCAUGCCAACUUGACAAAAGACAUUGUACUUACAAGGAUAACCCAAACGAGUGUUCCAGUCGGUCUGGGUGGUGGAGUUACAGUCUUAAGCUCCAAAUACGACAACAAAGAAGCAAUCAUUUUGCAGAAUUCUGGAAGCUCAUGGUGCAAAAUCUGGGUCUUUGAUCAUAACAAAACUUUUACAGAAAACGCUAGGUUUAAAUCAUUCAGUAACACGCCGGUGGCACUGACUCAAACGAUCGAUACUAAAUGGGAUCAGAUAUGUUCUUUUUGCCCCUAUGAUAGUACGCUUCUCGAAGGGUUUUUAGUACUUCUCAACGGCACAACACAUGAAGUCUCCCUUUUCAACCCAUUCUUGAACAUCGCGUCCAUUCAAUUCCUUCUGGGGCCGUCGAAAUUUGGUAAAAUCCAACUUCACUACGCCCGCGAUAAUUCUGUGUUCACGAACAAAACUUAUCCUUUGCUUCAGUUUAGGUUUGAGCCUGUUUCUACUGCUGUAUGUCACUAUUUUGAGGCCCUAAAAUAUCUUUGCGAUGGUUACACAUAUGCCUAUCUGCUUCUUCUGUGGCAAGCAGCUCGAAAUAGCUUCCAUGGCGCUCAACGCGAAGACUUGGAUUUUGAGGCACUGAAAUCAGUUUUGCUGAGCUUCAUGAAGGUUAAGAGUUGUUCUAGAAGUUACGAAUCUACAUUAAACUCUAUCCAAGACUCUCCAGUGUUCAAUUCGACAUACGAUCCCAGCAGGUUUUUGCCAAGAAUUGUGAUGGGUUUACAUUUGCUAAGAGAAGAGUAUAAACUGAAUUUGUUACAGACCCAAAAUGUAAAGCAACUCGGUAAGCUUUUACGUCUGCUCGUCGAAUUAAUGCACUGGCCCGAAGUGUGGCACGAGUUUUACGGAUCGCUUGACCCCAAGGAUGACAAGCUUUUGACAGUAUCGGCAAGCCAAAAAUUUGCACACCCAUUGGAUGAGCCGCCGUCCAUACUAAAAUCUCUCUACAGUGCUGCUGACGGCAAUAGUAUUUCCGUUGUACCAUUCAUAACUUUCACGCGUUUGCUGGAUGAUGGGUCCUUGGUGGACCACAUUGUAACUCCUCGUACACACAAGAUUUUGCAGUUGUUCGAAAGUUUCAAUAGCGGGACAUAUGCUGGGUUAGAUAUCCUAGACGUCAUGAGUUCUUUGGGAAUCAACAAAAAUGAAUUAGAAACGUAUCCGUUGGGAAUCUUCGCACCACUCAAACGCGCUUUGAGAUCUAUGAAAAACAACAUAAGUGAUGUCAGCGCUUCGAUUGAUUUCACAUUGGUAAACCGCCUCGAUUUGCAACAAAAUGGUUCAUUGUUGGGAGUUAAAACAGCUGGAGGUUCUCAAACAAGGGAGCAACCUAGCUCGCUAUCAGCUGGUAAAAAUUUCGAGCAUACUUAUGGUCGUAGCAAAUCGAUCAAAAUCAUGGUAAAAGAUAUUCUGAACUCAACCCACCAGCAUUUCGAUGAAAAAUUGUCAACACUAGAUAAUGCCGAAGAAAUGGGGGACGGCCGAAGUUUGAAGCAAAACGCUUCUUCGAUUUUUUCGGAGGAUAGGAGAUUUUUCGAUGUUGUGGAGCUUUUAUUGCACAGUAUUCCGCACAAAGUUCAAAUGCAUGUUGUGGAAAGUAGUUACACGCGCAACCUAAAGAAGAAAAGAGUCUAUUCGCAAAUAACUGCCUUGCGAACCUUUGCAUCGGCCUUUGGUUGGGGAGCGGUUGCAUUUUCAACCGAAAGGCCCUUGACCACUCAAAAGUGGCCGCGGGCAAAGCUUAAUCUUCAUUGCACUUUUCCUGAUAAAACCACGGUCACUGUGGAUUCUAAAACGUGUGAUCCAGUUCUUUAUGCUUGGGGAGAGUUUCAUGCUGGUGUGAGCUCAGGCCUUAGGAUCUCUCCCAAGUCGGUCGGAAUCACCGGAAGUUGGAUAACGUUUGCCAAACCCAUGGAGCUCGAUGCUCAACAUGGUGGAUUUUUGCUCGGUUUGGGCUUGAAUGGCCAUCUGAAAAGUCUAGAAGAGUGGCAUGUUUACAAUUAUCUCAGUCCAAAGCAAACUCAUACCAGCAUAGGCCUCCUGCUUGGCAUGAGCGCUAGUUUGAGAGGAACAAUGGAUCUCAAGUUGACUAAGGUACUUAGUGUGCAUAUUGUUGCUCUGCUUCCGCAAGGUUCAAGUGAUCUCAACGUGAAUUAUAGAGUUCAGACGGCUGGUUUGGUUGGCGUCGGUUUACUCUACCAAUCUUCUCAGCAUAGGAGAAUGAGUGAAAUGCUCUUUUCACAACUCACAUCAUUUGUGAGUAUCAAUGAAGAGGCAGUCCCAAAUGAAGGGUAUAGACUUGCGGCCGGAAUCUCUCUCGGUCUUGUAAAUCUUGGUGCCGGCGCCAAAAGCCCUAAAUCUUUAGUGACUAGACUUUGGCACGGCGAGGAAAGUCACACCGACGAAGACAAUGAAGAAGACGUCGACUUCAAUCCUAAUGAGGGUUUAUUAGACCCAAAGAUUGUAUCUGGAUUGCUAAGCAUCGUCAGCGGAGCUCAUGAUACUGAGGAAAGCUGGAUGCCUGCAAAUUCCCAAAUGGGAAGCAUUUUAGCCCUUAUGCUAAUCUUCCUAAAAACUAAUGACCAGACUGUUGCUGGGCGUUUAGCACCUCGCUUGGAUGAUAUAAAUUCUAAGAGCCGACCUUACAUGCGUCCAGAAAUUUUCAUGUAUCGAGAAUGGGCCUGCCAUAUGAUCUUAUGGGAUCGGAUUGAUGGGAGUUUUAGCUGGCUUUUCGAAGGUCUGGAUCUUGAUGUCUCAUUGUCGUUAGAUACCGAUUCUUUGCCUCAACUUUACUGCAUAGCUGGGAGGGUUCUGGCCAUUGGUCUGAAAUUCGCGUCUAUGGGAGACUUAGCAGUCCGUGAUCAUCUCCUAUUUUUGAUCGAUAAGUUGCUGCCACUGUAUCAGUGCUCCCUUGACGCCCGAUUAGACUUUCAAUUGAGUAUAAAAGCUCUUAAUGUUUUGUCCGGCGUGCUGUUGAUGGCUGUCAGUAUGGUUAUGAGCGGCACAGGUGACCUUUCAGUGUUGAGAAGGGUAAAGUACUUGCACGAGACCAUUAGCGGUAAACAUUCGGAUUUGUUCCAGACCACCUUUCGAGUGCCUCCGUCCAAACCUUCCACGGGGGACGAUGCAAUGUCUGUUGAUUCCACACGGGAGCGCAGUCGGAGUCGAGAAGAAGACCUUGGAAACUUGACUGUUGAGAAUGACGAUUUAGAGGAAGCUGGGGCUGAUCAGAGCAACUCCGAAACAAUGGAGGACACGGAGGCAGGGACAACUGAUGAAAGCAAACAACAUUGGAAAGACGAGGAAAAUCAUUUCGGAAAGUAUAUGGUGACAAGCUUGAGUCUUGGCUUCCUUUUCCUCGGCUCAGGGCAAUAUGCAUUCAAGACUUCUAGCUUGGAAAGUUUGGCAUAUCUCAUAAUAUCUAUUCUACCGACUUACAUGGAUCCAUACUAUUUGCAGGAGACAAGGCAUUUCUGGAGUAUGGCGGUCGAAUACAGAAGUCUAAUAAUCAAAAACUCAAAAACUGGAGAAAACCUCAACAAGGUGCCCAUUGAGGUGAAUCUCAAAGUGCCGAAAAAUACCACAGGCCCGCAGACAAUCCACCUGCUUUCACCGUGUCUUUUACCUGACCUAAGAAAAAUUGCAUCCAUCAAAAUCUCCUCACCAGAUUAUUAUCCCGUUUCCGUGCAUUUCAAAAAAGAUGAGGACUGCACCAAUUUUUACCACAAUGGAUGUGUCCUUUUCGUCCCUCCUCAAAAUGAUUCUGACGACGAACGAGAACUUGGCGACUAUUCUAAAAGUAGAGAUGUUGAAGUGAAGAACUUGAUUAAAAAAAGAGCCUCUAAGCUUUUGGGGGAUCCUUCCCUGAAAAAUACAAACCAGAAUGUACCUCAGCUCUUCAAGAAUUUGGGUCUUACAAAUGAAGUAGGAUUGGAAUUUGGAGUCGAAAUUUCCAAAGCUAGCAAAUCUACUGACCCUUACAAAGACGAAAAUCUGUUGAUGGCAUGCCACGAUAGAGGGAGGAAUUACCAGCUAGAAUUGUGGAGGCGGCAUUAUGGAAUGUAG